AAAGGAGGCGUUCUAAAGUAUUUUCUCAUUCGUGUCUGAACUAUCGGCAACAUCGAAAUGUUGAAACAGUGGGGAAGGGAGCGGCUUACUGCGACCGCUGUCGAAUUAUUGGGGCUGGUGGAGCGAACGAUAGCGUCAGAUGAGGAGCAACUUUGUCGAGUGAGGAGAGCUGGUAACACACGUUUCAGUGGCAGUGUGUGGAAGAAGCAUUGCGGCUGCGGAUCUUGACACCGCUUUGGCCUCACGCAAGGCUACUCCCUUCACUCCCCGUUCCCAGAAGAGGAGCUAGAAGCAGCACGGUCAUACUUCCGCCACCACCUCACUUCAGCAUGAUCGGCACAAGUUCCACACAGAGCAGGGGGCCCGAGGAUUCAGAACCAGAACCGCAACAAUCUACCACCAUCAAUGGCGACCAUCAGUCCAGCCUUGAUGUUUUCUGCAAGCUAUGCCUCUGCGAGCACCCACCUGCACUCACCAGGGCACUGCACAGCUGUGCAUGCGUCUACUGUACAACUUGUCUGCAGCAGUAUGUUCAACUGACCAUCAAGGAGGGUGGGGGGGCACCCAUCACUUGCCCUGAUAUGGCCUGCAGAAACACUGGAGUGCUACUUGACUCUGAGAUAUCUGAAUUGGCCUCUGCUGAUCAGACUGAACUGUAUGAGCGUUUGAAGUUUGAGAGAGGAGUAAAGCUGGAUCCUAGUAAGACCUGGUGUCCGGCGCUUGAAUGCCAAGCCGUGUGUGACGUGCCGCCGAGCUCCGAAGGCCAGCCCUCCGCUGUGCCGUGUCCCACUUGUCACACCAUCUUCUGCUCCGGCUGCAGAGGACCCUGGCAGGCGAGCCAUACAUGCCCCGAGCGCCAGCCCAUGAUGUCACACUUUCAUGAAAACAGCGGCGACUCCGACGCUGCCAUCAAACAGUGCCCCGUGUGUGGCAUCUACAUUGAGCGGAACCAGGGCUGCGCACAAAUGCUGUGCAAGAGCUGCAAACACACCUUCUGUUGGUACUGUCUACAGAACUUGGAUAGUGACAUUUUCCUCAGGCAUUACGAUAAAGGGCCUUGCAGGAAUAAACUCGGCCACUCCAGAGCCUCGGUUAUGUGGAACCGAACGCAGGUACAGUAAUUGUCAUUCAUGUACAAAGGCUUGCCAGGUAGAAAAAUUUGGUCUCUGUGAAAAAAUGCAGGACAGAGCACUGCACCCUGGCGUAGUUUACUCAGAUGACACUAAUGUAGCUGAUGUUCCUUAAUUUUCCAAAAACACGUUAUGUGAUUUUAAGGAUUUAUUGUAAAUUCCCAUGUACUCAAUUAGCCCUUCAUCAGACAUUAAUCUGAGAUAAUCCCAAAAAUCCCAAAUUCUUGCCCUCAUUUCAUGGCGCAGAGUGGAAAAAACUAUUUAGCGACUGCGUCCUGCUGUGAUGGUGCAACUAACUGAAGAUUUACUGUGCUUUUGAGAGUUCUUACAAGUAUCAUACACAAGGCAUCCAGUCAAGCUAACUCAUUUUGCAAUGCCAUUCAACGCCCCUGGGCCAGAGAGUUUGCAAAGUUGCACAAGUACAAGAGUGCACUUCAUCUUGUGAUUAGGUUACUUUCUUGCCCAACAGGUUUUAGAAGCCGCAAAUCUAUUUGGAGCCAUCUACUGUCAUCAUGACAAUUACAUGCCUUGUAAAAGACAUUUGAUUGCUUCAUACUGUCAGAUGAGGUUUACUUUAAAUCUUGCCUUGAUUUUGUCUGAUGCAAACAGGAAUGUUUGUCUGUAGUUGCCUUUCUCUUUGUAAACUGCCCUUUUCCCAGAUUACGGUGGAUUUUCUGAUUAUUCUGUUAUUGCGGUUCUUGCAGAAAGUCUCUAUUUGGCACUACAGUUCACAUUCUCAAAACAAUCAUGAGGUGAAGUACACAAUGCUGCACAGAAUGUGUUGUCAAUGAACCCGUGUCAGAUUCACGUGUCAAAGCAAGUCAGUAUUUAUGCUUUCCAAAUAUGCAAAACACAACAGGGAACCUUGCUGUUGCACCUUUUGACAUUAUUAGAGUAUUUGAUGGACAGUAUAUUUUAGUGUCACUUUGUCAAUCUGACC